AUGGCCAUCUACAUGCCCCUAUUGGAUCUCUACAAUGCAAUCUUUGAGAAAACGUGCGACGCGAUCUACGCCAUUUCAGGGGCUUUACAGAACUUCUACGAGCGAAGGGGGUUUGUUCUACUCAAUCGCAAGAAGGAAUACGCUAAAGACGGACUUCGCAAACCUUUCGGCUUGGCUGUGCAAUGGUAUGACCGUCUUAUGGGUCAAGUUCGUACCCGUAUGGAUGCGGCACUCAAAGAGGCGGACGAGGCGGCACAAGAGUUCAGGAAAACGCAACUGUCGCAAUCGAGCGAAGACAGAGGGGACGCCGACAUUGUGCAAGCCCUUUCCAACAUACCAACGCCGCCAACGCCCGAGACUCCCCCCGAUGACCCGUCACCUUUGCCUGCCUCUGCCACUCCAACCCCUCCAUCCCCUAGCCUCGUUCCCGGAGAGUGUGACCGUGUACUUCGAGAGUCAUGCCCUGCAUGCUUCGGUGGAGAUGAGUUCGGCUUAACACUGGAGAAUGGGGGCGAUGCGAUGAUCGCCAUCGAUGGCAACUUCAAUCACAGACAUAACCGAGGAGUCAAGCACUGCCCUAAGUUUUACGAACCCGAGCACUUCCUCUCUAAGCAGUAUGUGGAUGCAAUCGGCAAUCGAAUGAAGGAAGCCAGAACAAAACCAAAGCGCCAAGUCACCACGAAAGUCCCCAAAGAGGCGGUCAAAGCAUGCCAAAAGUCCCAUCAAGCGGGUAGUGGAUCGAACGUCAAGACCUCGCUGCAGAAGUUCGACGCAGGAGGGGUCAUGGCGGCGGUAUGCCGCCAUGACAUUCCCUUGUUUGCUGCAAACAUCGACACAGCCGGUGAACAACAGAAAUUCGCGGUGGCUCUCAUCGAAAAGAUCGCGAGUCUCAUGCCUUCGAAUGCCACUAUAGUCGUGCUAUACGACGUAGGGUGCGUCCUGGAUCGAAGUACGCAGCUGCACCCUAUCAUGGAUUCCCGUCUCACAGUUCGCCUGAAGUUCGUCACGAGUGCCAUGCACGCGUACGCUCAUCAAUGGGCGUGCCAGCUCGGGUACAACCCCCGCCUUCAAGUCGGAUUGGCGUUGACUGACGGAGAGGGGGUGGAGCGUAUAUGGUCUUGGCUACGCCGUUUGAUAGCGAUUCAACGCAAUUGCUCCGCUGAGAAACGCAUCUGGCUCCUCGAUCGACAAAUGCACUACAUCAACAGGGCGUUGCGCGAUGAACUAGGCGAUAUCAUUCGACGCCGGCUCACGAAAUCCGUUCCGAAGCAGGAAGAAGACGCCCUUGCUAUUCUCGACGACAUUGAAAUCCUCAGGGACGAGCUUGAGAGACAUCAUCCUUCUCCUCCCCGUUUCAAUGGUUCGGAAGGGUCUGGAUUGGGCGUGAGCUCCCUUGCACCUGCCCGUGUUCCCCCUCAAAGCAACACACUUCCGUCGGCCCAGCAUACAACCACCCUCUUCCCAAACGCGCCUCGCCUAAACCCAUCCCCGUCGGCGAAGAAAACGCGUGCCAUUCUCCAUCGCCAGAGGUCGGUCCCUCUAGCCUCACUGGAGACCACCCGCCCGGACACCAGCGCAGACAGAUCUGCGAGCGUCCCACCGGAUUUGGCAGAGGAGGAGAGGUCUACACCUGUCGACAGCAUCUUCGGGGAUAAACUCAAACCCAUUGCACCAGGGUUGGAGAGUAGGAGGGGACAGGGGUCCACCCUCAACAGUCAUGGUGCCUUGGCGCCGAUACACGAAGAGGGGACCCACGAGAACCGUGAGGAAUGGAGCGUGGAGCAGGCAGGCUUCGAGGAUCUGGAGGGCGGUGGCGCCGAGUGGUUUGGCGAUGAGGAGAUCGGGAAGGCGCAUCAGGGUCAGAAACCAUCCAUCCCUCUUUUCGAUUCAGAUCCACAGCCCAGCCGCACCGAGGCCCAAUCUCCUUCGCAGCUAGCCACUAUGGGCCGUCCAUCCGCGGAACAGUCUCGCCUCAUGCAACAGGGCUUUGACCGCAUUGAGGAGCAAUUCACAUCCCUUGCCAAUGAAAUAGGGUACCCCGUCGCCAGGGUCAAAAACAUCUGGGCCCAGAGAUUCAGAAUGCUCACCACAAAACCCAGAGGCGGUAACGGCGUCAACCACUACAACGUGUACGGUCAACUGUGGGGAGACCCGAAGAUGAAAGAGAGGGAGAUCAAAAGGGCACUCGAACAUCGUGCCACGCUCAGCCCAGAGAAACAGAAGGCGCUGAACCCAGAACCGAGCAGGGCCGAAUGCUACGCUGUGUAUCGUCAGUACCAUCAGGAGGAGUUUUGGAAGGACAUUCUCCAGCUGGAGGUGGCCGAAUUGGAAUGCAAAGAGCGGGAAACCGUCACUUUACAAACUCGGAAAGUCAAUUUCGAGUCCACCAAGACGUCCGUUUGUAAUGUUCUGGACAACGCCUCUCGGCUUCACGAGUUCGAGGCCGUCGUCAUACUCUCUGGGGCUCACCAUUCCGACAAAAACCUGGUGUUUGUGUACGAAACCGAAGGCGUUCAGGGAUUUGUGGAGGACAGACUGAAAACUACCCACAACAAUCUCGGAAUCAGGCUCCAAGUACAUGCAAGUGACACCCUCGAGAAGAAAAGGCCGUUCAACCUGUUUGAACAGGAGGCCAAGGCGAGCGUCAUCACGGACGGCGAGGUCGAACAGAAUCAACAGGUGCAGGCGUCGGGUUCCACGAGUGGAAAUGCUGCAUCCAAGCCUAGGAACUUGAAGGCAUCGAAGAAGCCGGAUGAGGAUGACGAUGAAGAAGAAGACGACGACGACACCGGCGCCACCAAAACGAUCAGUGACGAGCAGUUUGCGCAAAUGGGUUCCAAGGAGUUACAUGCCGUUAUUAGAGAUCACCUGUCGCGCGAGAUACGUGCCUUGCCUGAGUUCGCGCGCGAGAAGGAAUGGAAGGUCCUGCAUUGGAGGAGGUUACCGACCUUCCUAGCCAAACGUGGUUUGGUACUGACGAAGUGGAAUCCCCACGCCAAAGUUCCUGUUAGUGGCGACGACACGGGAAAGGGCAUUCGGGAAGCAGGUCCACACUGCUCGCGAUACCUCGCUAACGAUUGUCGCCAUGGUCGGGGUGUAAAGCCAGUUAAGGCGAACAAAAAUGACGUGCUCCGCUCUGUAUUGCCUGUCAUCGUCUUUCGACCACCAAAGAUUUCGUCUCGCCCUUCGGCACGAGGAACCAGGGUCUUCCUCGAUGGUUCGGUUGACUCCCUUGGACCUUGCUCCCUGGACAGCGACGACUACAUCGGUCCUCCCCGUACAGCCAUCCCCACCCCAAAGACGACAGUGGCAGCCUCAACCUGUACUGCGAAACCCAAGCCGAAGCGCAAACCUGAGCCAGCGCCACCACCUUCACCUGCACCAAAAGCGAAGGCGACAAAGAGCAAGGGCUCCAAGCCUGCUGCCGCCUCGGCCAAGAAAACUACAAAGAAAUUGGGGGCUUCCAAAGCAACUACGAAGACGAGGAAGCCCACUAAGAAGUCUGCAAAACGAAAGCAGGUCGGGGGAGGAGGUGCUGCGGCGGGGUCCACGAGCUCUUCCGACGCAUCAGAGUCUGAAGAGGAGGCUAGUGAGAUCGACUUGGACAGCGACGAUGCUUCUGGCAGACCAGGCAACCCCUCCCGUUCGCGUUCGGCAAACGUGCGACCACGGCGUAGCUCUCGGAAUGAAGGACGAAACUACAAGUCGAAGGCCAUCAUUAGCACAUCCGACGAUGAAACAUCCUCCGCCGACUCAGACGACGACGACGACUACAAAUCAAGUGAGGUUGACUCCGACUGUGGCGGGAAGAACGUCGCUCCUGUAUCGGAUGGGUCCGAUGUCGACGAAAGGGACGAGGAAGUUGAUCCACUGGUCCAAGCAGAGGAAGGCCGUUCAUGGAUGGGACUCAGGACGGAUGCUGUUGACUCGGCCAAACCACAAUCAUCGCAGGUCCCAGGGGUGGGUGCAACCAGGCCGGCAACGGCUAUUCCGACUCCAGAGGGUGGGGCCGGUCCUAGCAGCUCAGGACCACUGGACAGCAACCCUUCUGGCGCUGUCGUCGUUCCCUCAAAGCGGUCUGCAAAUGGGGACUCCGAGGGACAGAACCGCGUCAAGAAGCCUAAAUGCGGGACAGCUCCACCGGUAGAAGGAGAGAGCAACGACUCUGCGCUGGCCACUGCGCAAGAAGAUCAUCGACCCCGGGCGCCGUGUACCACAAAUAACGAUAUGCCGCCACCGUCUUCUGCACCAGUUCACGACACCAACCGUCCCAGUUUGCCUCCCUCGUCAUGGGGAGCGCCUUCGUCCUUCCCUGAGCACGGGAGAGACGGUGUGUUUACUGGCAGUGGCACGUCUCAUCUUGCUCAGCGACAGCCUUCUUCUGGACCUCCGCAUUUGCCUCACCACUCCAUUCCGCCCCAAGUCGGCCAGCAUACACAGCUUCAUCCUCAAGUCUCGCAUACCCUCCAUCCUCCGCCCCACAGUGUUCAUCCCCUCCAAUCACACCAUUCUUCCCAUCCCGUGCAUCCGCCUCGUCACAUGUACUCAGAUAGGUACUCGGGAGAUUGGGGAUCGGCUCCGCAGCAGCUUCGAAACCAGGACGCGUGGUCCCAGGGGUCCUACGGUCAACGUUGGGAGGGUCACCAGCAGUACUCCCAGGAUCCUCUGUCUCAGGUUCCUCAGAGCUUCACGGGAUCGCAGCCCCCUGCCAAUGGCACGUCGAAUCAAUGGCCUGCAAUGCAAGAUUAUUAUGAUCCCCGGUAUCCUCCAUAUGCAUCAGCGAACAUGUACCCGCCUUCUUAUCAGCCGGAACCGAGCCACCAGCCCACCCAGUACACGUACGACCAGUUCAACCCGAGCUACAAUCAACAUCCGGAAUCGACAUCUAUGGGCCACCCGGGCCAGCCCCCUCGUUCAGGUCGUUGA